AUGUGUUGUGANAUCGGUGACAAUGUAUGGCCACAUCCGCAGACAUUCCUCACCAACGAGUCAUUCUUCGCCAUAAAUCCCAAAUCAUUUAACUUCGUGUCCAUAAUCAGCAAAAAGUGCGAUCUAUUGGACAAAGCGAUCGCCCGAUACAAGAGACUGCUCUUCAUUGAGGACUGUUCUCUACUGAAGACAUCGCUGGCAAAGAGCGAUACCAGAGCUCGACAGACACUAUACGACAAUCGGCGGGAUUUAAGCAAAGAUCCCAAUUUCAAGGGCUUUCUCACAAACAUAACAGUCCUCGUGAGCCAAGAGUGCGAAACUGAACCGCAUCUGGAGAUGAAUGAAAACUAUUCAAUCGAUAUCAACAAUCAGACGGCUCUCAUAUACAGCGAGAGUGUUUGGGGCGCUAUCCGUGCCUUUGAGACCCUCUCACAACUCGUCGAAAACGUUGGACUCAACCAAUUCAUCGUAAACUACACGUCAAUCACGGAUUCGCCGCGUUUUAAAUACCGCGGACUCCUUCUGGACACGUCUCGCCAUUACCUUCCCGUUGAACGCCUGGAGCAGAGUCUGGACGCCAUGGCUUACAAUAAGCUCAAUGUGUUUCACUGGCAUAUGACGGACGACCAGUCCUUCCCAUACGUAAGCCAAGCCUAUCCGGAGCUGAGUCUGAAGGGCGCCUAUAAUCCCAAAACACACGUCUAUACCAAAGAAAACAUUCAACACAUCAUAGAAUACGCGGCCGAAAGAGGGAUCAGAGUUGUGGUGGAGUUCGAUACGCCCGGCCAUACGCUGGCCUGGGGUGCGGGACAGCCCGGCCUAUUGACACCGUGCUAUGCAAACGGCAAACCCAACGGACUCUACGGACCAAUAGAUCCGUCCAAACGAUCCACAUAUGAGUUCAUCGAAACCCUAUUGAAAGAGGUGUUGAGCCGAUUCCCGGAUCAAUACUUUCAUUUGGGCGGCGAUGAAGUGGAUUACAACUGUUGGCGCUCUAACCCAGACAUCAACGACUUCAUCAAACAGAAGAAUAUCAUCAAAAAGACCACUUCCAUGUCCAACAAGAAGUCCAACGAACCGUACGCUAAACUCGAGGAAUAUUAUGUACUCAAAGUGGUUGAUAUCGUGAAGAAACUGAACCGCACUUCAAUCGUAUGGCAGGAAGUGUUUGACAAUAACGCCAAACUGUCCAACGAAACGGUGGUUCACGUGUGGAAGUUAGACAACUGGCCACUAGAGCUGUCCAACGUUACCAAAGCCGGCUAUCAGGCGAUACUGUCUUCGUGUUGGUAUUUGAAUAAGAUAUCGUACGGAACCGAUUGGCACAAGUACUACACGUGCGAACCCUUGAACUUUAAGGCCACUGAACAACAAUAUAGUUUAGUCAUCGGAGGCGAGGCUACCAUUUGGGGUGAAUGGGUGGACGCGUCCAACGUAAUUGGGCGAACAUGGCCUCGAGCGCUAGCAGUGGCCGAACGGCUGUGGAGUUCGCGGGAUCUGAAGAGCCCAAUGGCAGCCAAUAGACGAUUUGAUAGACAACGUUGUCUUAUGUAA